AUGAAACUUUUGAUAUUGAAAUUUUAAUUAAUUUGUUAUUAUGGAAAAGAAGGUUUAAAGAUUGGAAAAUGGGUUGAAUUGAAUCAUGAUUAUAGGAAAUGUUCAUAAGUUACCCAUAUAGGCAAAUAUCAAAAUGGAAAGAAAAUUGGAAUUUGGGAUAUUUAUUGGAAAUAUCAUAGCAACCAUAGGAUGUAUAAAAAAAAAUUAAAUAUAGUGGUGGAGGAUCAUAUGUUGAUUUAUAAAAAACAAGAGGCUAGAGUUUUAAAAAUAAGUGGUGGAUUGAAUUGAGUGACAAAUUUAAUUAUUGGUUAAAAAUCUUUUAUGAAGGGUAGUAUAAUUAAGGUAAAAAAAUUGGUAUAUGGAAUAUGAUAAAUAUAAAUGGAAGGAGGAUGAUAAAUUUAUUUUUAAUAAAAUUAUGUAAAAGUGAUAUGCUAAAUUACGAUGAUUUGAAAACUUUGAGAGGGGAAUGA